AUUUCUUUACUUCUUCCUUUUUCGCGUGUAUUUGUUCUUUCUUCCUUCCCCAAAUAGGGAACCACUUGUCACUAGUUUUUGUUAAGAAAAGGCUUGGAGGAAGUGAGAGAGAUGGCUGGUUGGGCGGCCAAGAAUUCUGUGGUGGUUCUGCUGGCAGCAUGUGCAUAUGCAAUAAAGUUAAUGGCAUCCGCUUCUCCCUCGAUGGAGGAUGGUUUUGAGAGCUGUGAGAAUAUUGUCCAGAGUUGGGCAGAUUCAUCUUAUGCUUCUGAUGAUGAGAUCGAAGCAAAGCAAUUAAGGAGCUUACACGACUUCCUUUUCUUCCUCCAUGUACCCAGAACUGGGGGAUUUGCAUUAACAAAAUGCCUUCUCAUGCAGCUCUAUCAUGACAAAGUCUGCCCCAUCACAUGUGACAUGCAAGGGUGGGAUUCAAGAAAACCAAAGUGCAGAGUGCAUAAUGCACAUGGUGACUAUAGCCUGCUGUCCAAAUUGCCAAAGAAAAGGACUUCAGUGGUGACUAUGGUGCGCCACCCGCUGGAUCGAGUGAUCAGCAUAUAUGAGUUGUCCACAGUAAGGGCGGCUAGGUAUCUGCUUUAUCCAAACAUGACUUCGGCCACGGAAGCGGCAGAAAGACAAUGCUAUGAGCGGCCUCAUGAUGUGUGUCUCUUGGAUAUGUGGCCGUUUAAGCAUUUGAUGCCAAGGUUGGCAGUGGAGCUUUUUGCAAGGAGGGAUGCUAGGAGAAAUCAAAGCAUGAUGAGUGAAGAGAUAAACCCAUACAACAUAAACCAAAUUGCCAUGCCAUUACAUGAUUUUGUCAAUGAUCCACUUGUCCAUGAGCUGGUACAUAAUGCCAUAACUUUGCAGGUAGCAGGAUUGACAGAGAAAUCUUGUUUAGAAGAGUCGCAUGCAAUUCGCCAUUGCCUAAGAAUGCACCCCUCACUCGGCAAUUAUGUAUGUGAUGUUGCAAAGAAAAGGUUGGACAAAAUGUUCUUCGUUGGCCUCACGGAAAAACACAGAGAGUCAAUGGAAAUGUUUGCACAAAGUAUUGAAGUUGAGCUACAAUCACUCACAACAACAUCUCAAGGUAAUGACGCAUCGGACAAUGACACAGAAAAAAACUCUUCACUUACUGAUGUUGAGAUUGAAAAGUUCAAUAUCCAGCAGAAUCUCUUUACUGCAAAAUACGGACAAAAGUUCCUGUUAGGGAAUCCCAAUACAUCGAAUGGAAAUAUGACUGUUGAAAAAUUGAUGGAGGCUUAUGAUGCAUGUGCGCCCAGACUACAAGAACUUCGAACUUUCGAGUAUACACAUUUUUUGAAGGAAGUUUAUCCUAUCAAUUUCUCAAAGAAGGCACGCAAACAAAUCCAAGAUAGUAUCAUUCAACAGAUAUUAUUGUUUAACAAACUUGACAUAGAGCUUCACAAGCAUGCCGAGGCCAUUUUCAAACAACAGCAUGAACGUUUGAAACAAAGAUUAAACAAAGUGGUGAGCCAAAAGGUUAGCAGCACAAGCAAUUGGUUGUCUAAAAAGGUUGUUGCUGGUACAGUACUUCUAAGCAUUCUUGCUCUCCUCCUUUACGCACAACAGGCACGUUCAAAGCUCAAGGAUAAUUAAUCAUCCUUCUAUUUCAGAUGCCGAAGACCAUAAGUUUCUUGUUAUAUACUUUUGGCUCUCUAAGGUGCUUAAGGUUAUUAGGUCUAAUGACCGAUAUUGGAACCUGAUUUUGGUU